AUGGACGACGAGCCGACGUCGUCGCAUCGACCGGGCGACUCGGCGGCAUCGCGUCGCAUGUGCGGGUCGGCUGACUCGACGGCGAGCGACAGCGACACGGCCGACGAUGCUCCUCUCUUGGCCAGCGGCAGCCAAACGGUCCGAAUCGACAUGCCCGCUUCGGAAAAGCCAGCGUCACCUCAUGAACGCUCAAAAGCGCUGCUCUCAUUUAUACUGCUGGCUUUCGCCGCUGUGCUGAACGAGAUUGUGUUGUCAUUCGUCCAUGAGCGUGUGCCCGAAACGCCUCCACUGCCCGAUAUAACAUUUUCGUUGAUACCGUACUACAAGGACGGUCUAAAAAUCUGCGAAUAUAUCAUGCUGGCUUCGUUCGCCUCCGUUCUGCUUUUGAUGCUCUUCCAUCGGCAUCGAUGCGUGGAUCAUGUUCCGGCGAUUAAUGAUGGUGGGCUCAUUGCUAUAUUUGAUGCGUUGCGUUACCAUGAUCGUUACACCAAGGGUCCCGGCCGAGCCGAAUUUCCUUUGUGCCCACCACAAUAG